GCCUUAUUGCUAGGCAACGGCGAGCGCGCUCUGAGCGGCGCGGGGCGAAGUGGGAUUUGGAAGCUUAGGGGCACAAGCCCAGCGACUGCACCGGGAUGGACCAGUACUGUAUCCUGGGCCGCAUCGGGGAGGGUGCCCACGGCAUCGUCUUCAAGGCCAAGCACGUGGAGACUGGCGAGAUAGUUGCCCUCAAGAAGGUAGCUCUUCGGCGGUUGGAGGACGGUAUCCCUAAGCAGGCCCUGCGGGAGAUUAAGGCUCUGCAGGAGAUGGAGGACAAUCAAUAUGUGGUGCAGCUGAAGGCUGUGUUCCCACAUGGUGCAGGCUUUGUGCUGGCUUUUGAGUUCAUGCUGUCGGAUCUGGCUGAGGUGGUGCGCCAUGCCCAGAGGCCACUAGCCCAGGCACAGGUCAAGAGCUACCUGCAGAUGCUGCUCAAGGGUGUCGCCUUCUGCCAUGCCAACAACAUUGUGCAUCGGGACCUGAAGCCUGCCAACCUGCUCAUCAGUGCCUCAGGCCAGCUCAAGAUAGCGGACUUUGGCCUGGCCCGAGUCUUUUCCCCAGAUGGCAGCCGCCUCUACACACACCAGGUGGCCACCAGGUGGUACCGAGCCCCUGAGCUCCUGUAUGGUGCCCGCCAGUAUGACCAGGGUGUCGAUCUGUGGGCCGUGGGCUGCAUCAUGGGGGAGCUGUUGAAUGGGUCCCCCCUUUUCCCGGGUGAGAACGACAUUGAACAGCUUUGCUGUGUGCUUCGCAUUUUGGGCACCCCCAGCCCUCAAGUCUGGCCGGAGCUUGCCGAGCUGCCAGACUACAACAAGAUCUCCUUUAAGGAACAGGCACCCGUGCCCCUGGAGGAAGUGCUGCCGGACGCCUCUCCCCAGGCAUUGGACUUGCUGAGUCAGUUCCUUCUCUACCCUCCUCUCCGGCGCAUCGCAGCCUCCAAGCUAUGUCCCCAGCUUCUGGAAUAGUGUUUCAGACAUAGUAGACACUCAGAAAAUACCCAGGCACUGAGUCCACUGAAUGCAUAGAUGAAGGAACAUCUGCCUGAGGCUGAGGGCAGGGAAGUGACUGGUUUCCUUCUGCUGUUCCUUACUUGCCACCCCCAGGCUCUCCUCCAUCAGUACUUCUUCACAGCUCCUCUGCCUGCCCAUCCAUCUGAGCUACCGAUUCCUCAGCGUCCAGGGGGACCUGCCCCCAAGGCCCAUCCAGGCCCCCACCACGUUCAUGACUUCCACGUGGACCGGCCUCUUGAGGAGUCGCUGUUGAACCCGGAGCUGAUUUGGCCCUUCAUCCCGGAGGGGUGAGAAGCUGGCCCUGGUCCUGUCUGCCUGUGCCUAAGGACCACCCAGUCCACUUGUUCCUCUGCCACCUGCCUGGCUCCACCCUCCAAGGCCUCCCCAUGGCCACACUGGGCCCACUCCACACCACACCCUGCCCCUUGACCCUUGUGAGGGUUGGUCUUGAGGCAGAGGUUAUGUUCCUAGCCAAGAGCAUGACAGCAUCCAGUCCAGCAGAGGAGAUUCACGUCCUGUGCUUGGUGAGUCUGUGUGCUGCUGACUUACCCAUCAGAACAGUGAGCUCUGCUGCCAUUCAGGGCCUGCCUAUGCAGAAUGGCGAUGUCUGCCUUGGUGAUUACCCAUCACAACAGUGAGCUCUGCUGCCAGCUAAGGCCUGCCUAUGCAGAAUGGCGAUGUCUGCCUUGGUGAUUACCCAUGAGAACAGUGAGCUCUGCUGCCAGCUAAGGCCUGCCUAUGCAGAAUGGCGAUGUCUGCCUUGGUGAUUACCCAUGAGAACAGUGAGCUCUGCUGCCAGCUAAGGCCUGCCUAUGCAGAAUGGCGAUGUCUGCCUUGGUGAUUACCCAUCACAACAGUGAGCUCUGCUGCCAGCUAAGGCCUGCCUAUGCAGAAUGGCGAUGUCUGCCUUGGUGAUUACCCAUCACAACAGUGAGCUCUGCUGCCAGCUAAGGCCUGCCUAUGCAGAAUGGCGAUGCCUGCCUUGGUGAUUACCCAUCAGAACAGUGAGCUCUGCUGCCAGUCAAGGCCUGCCUGUGCAGAAUGGCAAUGCCUGCCUUCGUGCUGCUUCCCCAGGUGUUGCCUCCUGGUCAAGGAGAAGUGCAGAGAGUAAGGCGUCCUCAUGUUGGAAACUCAAGUGGAAGGAAGAUUUGGUUUUAUUCUCAGAGACAUUAAACACUAGUUCAGUAUGUGAGGUUAUAGAUUCUAAAAACCUCUGGUGUCUCUGUCUGUUCCUCCUCUAUUUCUCUCAAGGGAAAUAAAGUGACAUUGUCUGAUGGCCCUCAUUUUUGGGUGGGUCCUGGGGAAGGUGGCACCAGGCACAGCACUUUUGCCCUGAGGGCCUCUCGUGUGCUUCAUAUGACUGAUUACUAAUUUGGAAGUGAGGGAGAUGGAAGUCUAGGCCCAGGGAUGGCUCCAGUUGGGGAUCCAGCAGGAGACCCUCCGCACUGAGGCUGGUUUACCAACAUAUCUACUCCCUCAGGAUGAGUGUGAGCCAGAAGCAGCUGUUUAUAUAAGGAAACAAGCAUUCCUGGAAUUAAUUUUUUAAUUUAAUAAAUCUCAAUAUAAUCCCAGCCAGCUCUUUUUCCUUAUAAUAAUUUGACUGAUGAGGUGAUUGUAAAAGAGCCAUUAAAGUGCAAAGGGCCAAGAGAAGGAAGUGGAACCUUGCAGAAGAGGAAAUGAUGGAAGGACCUGCGGUAUCAGAUACCAAUAUUUAAAAGUUUAUUUAAGAAGUAAGACAGCACGAUUGUGGUUCAAGGAUAAAAACAGAUACACUAGAGAAACUUAUUCUUAGCAAUCCUUUAUUUUUAAAUUGUUUAUUUUAUGCUUCAUGUGGAUAAACUCUUCUAUGAGCACUGAGGGUGACUAACACUGUUACAGACGCUGGCCUCCAAACACUUAGUGGAAAGAUAAAACCUAUUAAACCCCCAUUCUUGCUUUUAGGGAAGUCUGA